AUGAAGAUGAGCCGUAAAAUGAAAGAACGUAUGAGGGAACUCCUUGAAAAGAUAGGAGCGAGUAAUAAUGAUGAAACUGGGAAUUAUGUCAAAAAAGUAGGGAAAAAUAAGAAAGAAAUAGAAGAGGAUGUGUCAGAGAAGGCAAAAACAGUUACAGAUAGUAGCAACGAGAUUAAUUCAAAUCAAAGAAGCUAUGAAGAUGAUAUUCUUAAUGAAACAAGUGAUGACGAAGGUGAUAAUGAUAAGCAUAGAAAUGAUAAUAGUACUAGUAAUAGUAAUUAUAGUAAUGGUAAUAACAAUAGUAAUAAUGUGCUGUACGAAAACAGUAUGAGAAGAGCGGACGUAACAAAUGAAAAAGAUAUUGGAUUCUACAUCAAUGACGUUAUAAAAAGAAAUUAUCCCAUCGAGUAUGAGGAUAACAAUAUAUACCCAAAAGUAUACUGUUACGAACCAACGAGCUUUGAAAAUUUUAAAAAAAAAUUAAAAAAUAAAAAUGAAUUAAGGCAUUAUGAGUGUUAUUCGUCAACUAUGAACGAAUUUUUCUAUAAAUAUAAUGAGAAUUAUUAUGACGAAAUUUUAAAAAAUGAAAAUUUUAAAAAAUUUGCGGAAGAAUUGUGGUCAAAUAGAAGGUAUAUAGAAAAUGAAACACAAUAUAAUGAAUUAUGUAUUCAGUUGAGAAAAAAAUUUAAAGUUAGUCCUUCAAAGCAUCAAAUUAGUGUUGCUCUACAAUAUCAUUAUUUGCAAACGUUAAAGGAUGAAAAGGGGGAUUCUAUUCAUGAUACAGGGGAAAGGAAGAGCAAUAGAGGAUCCAACACCUCCGACGUUUCAAACCCGUCCACUGGUUGUGAUGAUACCACAAUUGAGGAAAACAGGGUAGGCAUUAUGAACGAUAACGGGAUAAACAAUGUUAACGAUAAGAGAGUAGGCAAUAUUCGUGAUAACAUGGUGGAAAACGUUGUUGAUAUGAAGGAAUCCACUGACUGUGGUAGUAACGAAAUCGUGGUUAACAAAAAGGGGAAGGACGUGAAGUUCGUGCUAGAAAAUGUAAACAAGAUGAUUAUCGCGAAGGAGAUUAAAAACUACAAGGAUUUGGAUAAAGAAAGUGUUCACUUUCUACAAAUAAACAAGCGUAAAGGAGUUAGAUCAAAUAGUGGAGUGUUAGUAGUUACCAUAAUUACUCACCCGCAUCAGUUUAGUUGCAAAUAUGAUUGUCAUUAUUGUCCGAAUGAACCAAAUCAGCCAAGAUCGUACUUAUCUACAGAACCCGCAAUUUUAAGGGCUAACCAAAAUAAUUUCGAUGUGAUUUGUCAAUUUUUUAAUAGAACAACUACUUUAGUAAAUAAUGGACAUGUACCAGAUAAAAUUGAAAUAUUAGUCUUAGGUGGAACAUGGAGUUGUUAUGAUUUAAAUUAUCAGAAAGAAUUUAUAAGAGAUGUUUACUAUUCUGCUAAUAUUUAUCCUGUGUUAAAAGAUAGAAGAGCAAAAUUAAGUUUGGAAAAAGAACAAGAAAUAAAUGAACAAAGUAACUGUAGAAUAAUUGGGUUGACAUUAGAAACAAGGCCUGAUCAGAUAAAUAAGGAUGAGCUCAUAAGACUACGUUCCUAUGGUUGUACAAGAGUACAAUUAGGUAUACAACAUACAGAUGAUUAUAUUUUGAAAAAGGUGAAUAGGCAAUGUACAUUAAAAGAUUGCAUAAGAGCAAUAUAUUUAUUAAAAGAAAAUGGAUUUAAAGUAGAUAUACAUAUAAUGCCUGAUUUACCAUAUUCAAAUGUACAUAAGGAUAUUAGUAUGUUUAAAGAAAUUUUAUGUUCAACAGAUUUACAAGCGGAUCAAUGGAAAAUUUAUCCAUGUGAAAUUACUCCAUUUACAAAAAUUGAAAAAUGGUAUAAUAAUAAUGAAUUCAAGCCAUAUUUCGAAACAGAUAAAAAUUUGCUUAUUUCUCUUAUUUUACUUGUAAAGAAAUCCAUUCAUCCAUGGAUUAGAUUAAACAGAGUUAUUAGGGAUAUACCCAACCCGUCAAUUAUUGCUGGUAAUAAUAUAACCAAUAUGAGGCAGCUUAUAGCAAAUGAAAUGAACAUAAGAAACAUUUUCUGUCAAUGUAUUCGAUGUAAAGAAGUCAAAAAUCAGCAAAUCCAAACAAAAAAGGAUUCAAUUUUUUUAAAAAUAUUUAAAUAUUCUACAUUGGGUGGAGACGAAUUUUUUAUAACUUUCCAGGGAACAAAGAAGCAAGUUAACAAAGAGGUGUUAAGGUACAGCAAGCGGAAGAGGAAAAGAGGAAAAACUACAGAAAAGGGGAGAAAAGACGCCAUAAAUUGUAAUAGCAGUAUAAAAAGUGGAACUGCUACUCACUGUGGAAAACAGAAUGGCAUUGCCAGUAGUUCUACUCUCCCAUGUGGUGAGAAGGAGGACGCAAUAGGCCUAUCAUCCAUAUUAAGUACUAGUCAAUAUAUGCCAGAUGCUGAAUCGUUCAUGUGCAAUAAGGAGAUGGACAAGGUGCAUAAGAGUGAGGAUGUAAAGAUAAAUGAAAGUAAUAGCGGUAAUGCAUCAGUACUUAAUAAUUUCACAGAUGAUAACAGAUCAAGUAGCGAUAUGGUUAGAAAAAGAAAAACAGUACACCAAGAUAAUAAAUUAUAUAGCAGUUUUGAUGAUGAUAAGGAUUAUGACAAUAAACAUUUAUUACUUGGUUUCUUACGGUUACGUUUAAGAUAUAAAAACAACUACUGCGAUGAGAGACCAUUUAAAUGUUUAGAGAAUGCAGCUUUGAUUAGAGAGUUACAUAUAUAUGGAUCAUUGUUAAAACAUGAUGAUUUCAAAGAUGAUUUAAAUUUUGUACAACAUAAAGGCCUAGGCAAAAGUUUAGUGUUAGUAGCUGAAAUUAUUGCAUACUACUAUAAAUACAAUAAAAUGUCUAUUAUUGCUGGUAUUGGUACGAAAGAAUAUUAUAAAAAAUUAGGAUAUACAAAAGAAGAAACAUAUAUGACCAAGAUUUUGGAUAGAGAAAUUAUAUUUAAAAAUUAUAUACUUAACCGCAGCAGAAUUGGAAAAACACUUACUAUUUAUGACUACAAUUUAAAUCACUGCCUUUAUUUAAUGCACAAAGAAAUAUGCGAACCUCCAAAAUUUAAACGAAGUGAAAUAAAAGAGUUAAAUAGGUAUAUUAAUGAUAAUAUUAUUCCACUAGGAUCACAAUUCUGUCAUGAGUCUUUCAAAAAUGAAUCCACUCCGUACACGAUAGAUGUUGAUACGCUACUAGACAUUCGUGAGCGUAAUAUGCUUAUUACUCCCAUCGUCGACCUUUUAAAAAAAUUGGCAGAUAAGUAUUUACUUAAAGAUAAUGGCAAAUAUUUACGUAACGGUGGGGGUGAGAGUAGCUGUGAGAGUAUAACUGGCAGCGGAAGUAAUGGCACAUGUGACAGCAUAUGUAAUAAGAUAUGUAAGUACCUGGACAAGUAUUUAGUCAAAUAUGUUGGAAAAUAUUUCGUUAAAAAUAGGGGCAUUUUCAAUGCAUCCACUCUUCUACUCUUCGGUACCACCCUUUUCCUUACCACCCAGAUAAUUAAAAAGAAGAAAAAUAUACCGUUGUGA